AUGGCUUCGGAAAGACGAAUCAAGUCUCUCAAAUUGAGGAUUCGGAGCCUGGAAACAUCCUUCAACCUCAUCAAGGUUUUCGUCGACAACUACGACGAAGACACCCAAUCGGUUGAAGUUCCCGUGAGGCUCGAAAAUCUCGCUGUUCUUUGGACAGAUUAUUCCAAAACUCAGGCUGAGCUUGAAGCAUCCGAUGUCGACGACAUGGCAAUCGUCGAGCAGCAGUUCAAGCAGCGAUCCCAGUUUGAAACGGAGUAUUAUCGAGUGAAAGGUUUCUUGCUGGCCGUAAAUAAACAUGUUUCGACUCCGUACACUCAUCCUGUUCAGUCACAUGCGCACUUCCCUGCUUCAUCUCAGAUCCGGCUACCCGACGUAAAGCUCCCUGUGUUCAAUGGGUCAUUAGAGCAAUGGUUGAACUUCCAUGACCUGUUCGUUUCUUUGGUGCACUCUUCAAGUGAUUUGUCGAACAUCCAAAAGUUCUAUUAUUUAAGAUCUUCUUUGAGUGGCGAUGCACUGAAGCUGAUUCAAACCAUUGCAAUCAGUGCUAACAAUUAUCCCGUGGCUUGGAACCUGCUUGUAGAGCACUUUCAAAACCCGUUGCGUUUGAAACAAACUUAUGUUGACUCGUUAUUCGAAUUUUCACAACUUAAAAAGGAAUCAGCUUCAGAUCUUCAUUCGUUGGUCGAAAGGUUUGAAGCCAACGUUCGAAUCCUGAAACAGCUUGGAGAAAGAACUGAGUAUUGGGACGUGUUGCUUAUUCGAAUGCUGAGUAUCCGCCUUGAUUCUACAACUCGUCGAGAUUGGGAAGAAUUUGCGUCUUCGAAAGAGUCAACAACAUUUCAAGAUCUUGUAAGCUUUCUUCAACGACGAGUUACGGUUCUGCAGUGUAUGAGUAAUGGUCAGCAAGAGUGUUCAGCAACGUCUUCAGCGAAAAAAUUGACUUCUCGUCCUCCACUUGUUAGCCACGGAGCUACUCAGCUCAAUUAUCGCCAGUGUUUCGCUUGCUCCGAUCAUCAUCCAUUGUACCAGUGUUCUGUUUUCUCCAAAAUGACUUCCGAAGACAAAGAGAAACUCGUGCGCCGCCAACAACUUUGCCGAAAUUGUCUACGGAAGGGUCAUGUGAGUCGAAACUGUUCGUCGAAAAACACCUGUCGGAAAUGCCGAGGUCGACACCACAGCCAGCUUUGCAGCGAUGAUCAUUCUCAACAAGAGCGCAACAAGCAACGAGUCGAAUCAACCUCAACAACGGAGACUGGUGCUACUAGCGAAGCAGCCUCACCAUCACUAUCAGCAGCGAUUCAUAACCCAGAAGCUGGUCUCCAUCCCAACAAGGUGAUUCUCGCAACAGCUGUGAUCACUUUGGUCGACGAUCACGGCAAUUCACACGCAGCAAGGGCACUUCUGGAUUCAGGAAGCGAGUGCAGCUUCAUUACCGAGUCGUUUUCUCAACGGCUUCAGAGUCGUCGCGAAAAGGUUCAUCUCUCGAUCUCCGGAAUUGGGCAAUCGUCUACACAGGCUCGGCUAAAGCUCCGCACUACAGUACGCUCUCGGACUACGAGGUUUUCCACCAUCGUCGAGUUACUUGUUCUUCCAAGGCUCACCCUAAAUGUGCCCUCAACAACCAUGGACAUUUCGAGGUGGAGUCUUCCGGAAGGAAUUCGUCUAGCCGAUCCAGCGUUCUACCAGACGAAUCCCAUCGACGUAGUUCUGGGCGCUGAAAUCUUCUUCGACGUCUUCAAACCGUCAGGCAGAAUAUCGCUUGGAGGUGGCCUCCCAAUGUUGGUUAAUUCGGUCUUUGGCUGGGUGGUCUCUGGGAAAGUAAUGCAGUCCAAUCACAUCAACACCGUUUCCUGCAAUGUCGCUACUGUUUCGGACAUCUAUCGUUUCAUGCAACGUUUUUGGACCAUUGAGGAAGAGAGCGCAGUUCCCAGUCUCUCGGUUGAAGAAGCAGCUUGCGAGGAGCAUUUUCGUCGAACAGUUCAACGUGCUCCAGAUGGCCGGUACAUUGUGCGAUUGCCUUUGAAGGAGGCUGCGGUCAACAUAGGCGACAACCGCAACACUGCACGACGUCGAUUUUAUAUGAUUGAAUCUCGUCUUCAACGCAACAAAGAGCUACAGAUUCAAUAUCGGGACUUCAUGGCGGAAUACGAAACCCUCGGCCACAUGCAGCGUGUGGCGGACACAGCUGAAUCCGUUUCUUCCCGGUAUUAUCUACCUCAUCAUCCCGUAAUUCGAGAAACAAGCUCUACUACAAAGGUGCGAGUUGUGUUCGACGCCUCGUGCAAAUCAGCAACCGGAAAAUCCCUGAAUGAUGUGCUUAUGGUAGGCGCAGUCAUCCAGGACGAUCUGAGAGCCAUCAUUCUGAGGUCCAGGCUUCACCAGAUCAUGCUCAUCGCUGACAUCAAGCAAAUGUAUCGUCAGAUACUGGUAGACGACAGAGACAUCCCACUUCAGCGGAUUUUUUGGCGGAACUCCCCGGAACAACCGCUAGAAACCUUCGAGUUGAAAACAGUCACCUAUGGUACGGCCAGCGCACCGUUUCUUGCUACCAGGGUCCUCCAGCAACUAGCCGAAGACGAAGAGACGAGCUUUCCCGAAGCAGCCAAGGUCCUCAAGAGAGAUGUGUACGUAGACGACCUCUUCACCGGCGGAAGUUCUCUAACGAAGGUAGCUGAGCUACGGGUUCAACUUGACCAGUUAUGCAGGAGAGGUGGAUUUGAAUUUCGAAAGUUUGCCUCUAAUUGUGAAUCGGUUCUCGACGGCGUGUCUCCUGAUAGACGUGCAAUUCAAUCCUCGGUCGAACUUGCAGCAGACCAGUGCAUCAAAACCCUUGGCCUACACUGGGAACCAACAGCUGACAACUUGCGGUUCCACAUUCAACUACCGAAGCAACCACCAGACACCCUCAUGACGAAACGAAUCGCUCUGUCGCAAAUCGCUCAACUCUUCGAUCCUUUAGGUCUGGUUGGGCCAGUAAUCGUAACCGCCAAAAUCUUCAUGCAGACGCUGUGGAGCCUUAAUUCCGAAGACGACAAACCUUGGGGCUGGGAUCAACCGCUGCCAGAUUCUCUCGCCACCUACUGGAUCAAGUACUACUCGCACUUGCCUCUGCUUGAGCAACUAAGAAUCCCUCGAUGUGUUGUUUUGCCCGAUCCAUCUAACGUUCAGCUUCACCUAUUUUCGGACGCAUCGGAACAAGCUUAUGGCGCCUGUGCGUAUCUCCGAUCGACCGACGCGUCCGGCAAUAUUCUGGUAACCUUGUUGACGGCCAAAUCGAAAGUUUCACCAUUAAAAAAGCGCAGCAUUCCUCGUCUCGAACUCUGCGGAGCACUAGAAGCGGCUCAACUGUAUCAAAAGGUCUGUUCUGCUUUCGGAUCGAAGUUCACUACGUUCUUCUGGGUCGAUUCUACAACCGUUUUAGCCUGGCUUAAGGCUACCCCGUCAGUAUGGACUACGUUUGUGGCAAAUAGAGUAUCCAAAAUCCAGCUUGCAACGGUAGACACUUCCUGGAACCAUGUUGCAGGGCAACAGAACCCAGCAGACCACAUCUCUAGAGGCAUCGAGGCCGAAACGAUUCUCUCGUGCGACCUUUGCAAACGACAGGAAUUGACCAACAAUCUGUCGACGACCGAAAUACAGAAUGCAGAGUUCGCCUUAAUUCGGUUAGUCCAGCUCCAGGAAUUCGCCAGUGACGUCAGUGCUCUUCGUCAGUCGAAACCCAUCCCACUCAAAUCACGGCUUCGAUGGUUUACCCCCUUCCUCGAUCCAAAUGGGGUAAUGCGUGUGGGUGGCAGGCUUGACAGAGCGCCAAUGACGUACGACAGCAAGCACCAGAUCCUGCUCCCAUAUCACCAUCGCUUUUCGACUUUACUCGUCCAAUGCUACCACGAACGUAACUUGCAUGCAUCGCCACAACUGCUCGUUGGACUUCUUCGCCUACGAUACUGGAUCAUAGGGGCCAGAAAUUUGGCCAAAGUCAUCGUACAUCGCUGCACCAUUUGCUUCCGAGCUCGCCCUAAAUUGGUGGAACAAUUUAUGGCUGAGCUGCCCAAGGAACGGAUCACAGCCACUCGUCCAUUCACGGUAACGGGGGUUGAUUACUGGGGCCCAAUACUUCUUAAACAUCCGCAUCGUCGAGCCUCACCCACUAAAGCAUUUGUAGCAGUUUUUGUAUGCUUCUGUACUAAGGCUGUUCACAUCGAACUGGUUUUCGAUCUGACAACAGCUAAAUUUGUACAAGCCUUGCGAAGAUUCGUCGCUCGCCGAGGUCCGCCUUCUGAUAUCUACUCUGAUAACGGACGAAACUUCCUCGGUGCGAAAAAUGAGCUAAAACGGCUCAUCCGUCAAUCAGAGUAUUCACACAAAUUGGAACAGGAGUGCUCUGACUGCAAAAUCAGAUGGCACUUCAAUCCUCCAAGAGCCUCCCAUUUCGGGGGAUUGUGGGAAUCUGCCAUUCAUUCCGCUCAAAAGCAUUUUAUCCGCGUCGUCCGGGACCGACCGCUCUUCUACGAUGACAUGCAAACUCUUCUGUGCCAGAUCGAAAGUUGUCUAAAUUCUCGGCCUCUUGUUCCACUGAGCGACGACCCAACUGAUUAUGAGGCAUUGACACCCGGACACUUCUUGGUUGGCACGUCGUUGAAGGCUGUUCCUGAUGAAGAGUUCACCGAAAUACCGUUCCAUCAUUUGAAGAAAUGGCAACAAAUUCAAAAAUUGGUCCAGGAUCUGUGGCGGCGAUGGCACCUGGAAUAUUUAAACAUAUUACAACCCAGAAGCAAAUGGAUGCACUCACCUGUUUCGAUAAAGGAGAACCAGCUCGUCCUCCUAAAAGAAGAAAACAUCCCACCGAUGCGCUGGCCAACAGCCAGAAUUGUCCAGACUCACCCAGGAAGCGACGGAGUUAUCAGAGUGGUCACUCUGAGAACAGCAAAGGGCUCGUGCACACGACCGGUGUCUAAAAUUUGCCUGCUGCCGAUUGCACCAUCGUCGGAGGAAGCAAUCAAACCAUCCGGCGCUGAGCAAUCAACAACAGACGAAAUUUCUGCCAAAGGAGAGCUCCAACUUUCGGAUCCAUCGUAG